AUGCACGGCAUUCAUGAAGGAGAAAAAGCUGGCGAGAAGGCAAAAUCUGGUGGCUUUGGAAUACUCGAUUCGGUGAAAGGUGCUGUAUCAGGUGUUGGCGAGAAAAUAGGCCAUGUUGCCGAAUCAGCGACCGAAGUUGUAGGAGGCGCAGUAGAGGGCGUUAAAGACACAACAGCAUCUGCCUACGAUAAGGUAUGA